AUGUCUCUAGGGCGUAAAUUCAAGCUCAAUUCUGGGUAUGAGAUCCCAGCUGUUGGUCUAGGAACCUGGCGAUCAGCGCCUCGCGAUGUAGAAGAUGCCGUUGCGACAGCUCUUCGCGUGGGAUACCGCCAUAUCGACUGUGCUGCGGUCUAUUUGAAUGAAGCCGAAGUAGGACUGGGAUGGAAGAAGUCCGGGGUUCCUCGCAAGGAAAUAUUUUUAACGAGCAAGCUGUGGAAUACGCACCAUCAUCCGAGCCAUGUCGAAGAAGCGCUCGACAGGACACUCAAGGAUCUACAGACGGAUUAUUUGGACUUGUACCUGAUCCACUGGCCCAUAUCAUUUACACAUACAGCCGAGACCUUCCAACCCGUUGACCCGGUCACAAAACGAUUCCGUUUAGUGGACAUUCCCAUCGGCGAUACUUGGGCAGCAUUGGAGAAGCUAGUCAAGGCUGGCAAGAUUCGAAGCAUUGGAGUCAGUAAUUUCACCAUCGAGAAGAUGGAGGAACUACUUAAGACAGCAGAGAUUCCUCCGGCGGUCAACCAGAUCGAGGCUCAUCCUUACCUCCUUCAGCCCAAGUUGUUUCGCUAUCUGAAAGAGAAUAAUAUUCUACCUGUUGCCUAUAGCCCUCUUGGCAACAAUAUCUUCGGUGCUCCUCGUGUUGUAGAUGACCCCGUCGUGAUCGAAAUAGCAAAAAGACUGGGCAAAGAUCCUGCGGGAUUGCUGAUCUCUUGGGCUGUCCAGCGUGGUUCCGCUGUUAUUCCAAAGAGUGUCACCCCAGCUCGGAUUGAGAGCAACUUUCAAGACUUCAUCAUUCCUGAUGCGGAAUUCGAAGCUCUCAACAACCUCGACCGCCAUCAGCGAUAUAGCUAUCCGUUCCGUUGGGGUGUGGAUGUGUUUGGGGAAUUGGGUGCUGAGGAAGCCGAGAGACGCGCAGAGGAGCAUGCAGCGAAGCUUAGGGCGGGCUCCGUCUUCCACGUUCACUCGGACAAUGGAAUCGAGACUGUGCUUGUACCCGAGUAUGCAAAUGAGCUUCGCGCUCACCAUGCCUUGAGCUUUGGCCGUGCCAUUACGCUGGAGUUCCACUCAGAUAUUCACGGAUUCGAACCUUUCAAUCAACUAGCCAGCAGCGAUGAGAUCUUCCAAGAUGCUAUCCAAAUGAAGCUGACCCAGAACCUGGGAAAUAUGACCAAGCCCCUCUCAGAUGAGACAUCGAUUGUCCUUGAAAAGCACUGGUCCAACGAUGCCAACUGGUAUGAAGUGGCGCUCAAGCCGAGCAUUCUUCAAAUGGUUGCCCAGCUCUCAUCAAAAGCCAUCCUUGGGGACAAGAUUUGUCGCAACCCAGACUGGCUACGUAUUACUGUUGGCUAUACCGUGGAUACCUUCUUAGCCGCUGAGGAUCUCCGACUCUGGCAAAGGUUGUUACGACCUAUUGUGGCCAACAUUUUGCCAUCCUGCCGUAAAUUCCGCCAGGAACAACGAAGAAGCAAGCGACGGAAAUCAUAA